UUUAUAUAUUUCAGUUAUUAGAUUGUAGUUUUAAUAUUAGUUUUGUGUUUGUGCAAUAAAUGUUCAAAAUACAAGAAGGUGGAGUUAUUUCUCUGUGAUGCGGAGGAUGAAGAAAGGGGUGAUAUUACAGCCUCAUAAGGGCAUUUUUGGAUAUGAUAUAGAAAAUAAAACUUCCACUAUUUUAGGUUUUAUAUUGUAUCUUCUAGCGACAGUAAAAAAUCGUUUUCAGUUGCGAUAGUACCCUUCUCGUGAAUACAGUUGUAUAAAAUUACAGAAAUCACGUGGAGAAUAAAGUAUCAUUCUUUUAUCGGUCAAAGGGGUCCAAACAAACAUCAGCUGAGAGAACUUCAGUUUCAUCGACUUCCUAGCAACGGUAAGUAAGGCAGUUUAUCGCGCGGCGAUGGAGGAGGAACCAGACGAUACAUUUACCUUCACCUGGAUUAUCGAAAAUUUCAGCAUGUGUUAUCACCCAAAGAGAAAAUAUAUUUGCAGUCCGAAGUUUGCCAUGCAUACUUUACCAGGGGUCGAAUGGAAUAUAAAGUUAUAUCCGCAAGGGACUUCCGACGAAAAUUAUACAGAUGUUUAUCUCGUUAAGGAUAACACUCCGGAAGAUAUUUUCAUAUAUUGUACUAUUGAAAUGCUAGAUUCCAACGAAAAGUCAAUUUUUCGACAUACUGAUGUGACUGCCGCAUAUCAAACUAUUGUAUACUGCAGAAAAGAAAGAAAAUCUCUUCUUGAGUCACUUAUAAAUGAUAACCUGCUCAUAAGAGUAAGUUUCCUAACAAGAUGUGGACUUUGGGAUUCAGAAAUAUUGCCAUCACUUUGUCAUAAAAAUGUAUUCGAGGAUCGAUUCGCGGAUGUGGUACUACGAGCCGGUGAUGCUAUUUUCAAAGUUCAUAAAGCUCUUUUGUGGGCGAGGUGGCCCAAAGUCGUUGAAAAAAUGGAAGCGGAACAAACAAGCCAUCGAGAUUUGGAUAUGCAAUCGGAUGUGCUGGAGGCUAUCAUCGGAUAUCUUUACACUGGAAAAAUAAAUUUUAAAGAAUCGGAACUGUUAGCGGCAGACAUUUCCUCCGCUGCCUCAGAGUACGAAAUUUCUACUCUCAAUUCUACACCUGUAGUGGCACAAAAGGCGAGAACCUUUGUAAAUGCAGAGAAGAUAUCAUUUGAGUGGCCAAUAGCGAAUUUCUCUCGUCUGCCUGUUGGAACGCUAUUACGCAGCCGCUUAUUCACCGUCCGUAAUCUGGCAUCAUGUGGAUGGAACUUAAUCUUAAAUAUAUAUGAAAGCCCGUCCUCCGUUAGAGUUUUCGGUGUCUCUAUUUGUAAAACGUACGAGCGAGAAUUCAAGCCUAUUUUCGUGACUACCAAGAUACGGUGUAAUUGGUUUAAUUAUUUUGAAACUUCAAAGUUAACGCUUUAUGAAAAUUCACAUUUAUUUCUAUCAGACAAAAUUUGGAAAUGUGCAGAUAUUUCUAAAAACGUUUGUCCAAAUUCAAAGGAUAGGUUAAUACUAACAUGCGAGUUUAAAUUUUCGAAUUGCAGUCGAUCUACUGAGAUCGUGGAAUCUUUUUGUGAAUUUGUACCUACUGUGAACUGCCAUUAUUUUAGCAAUGACUUUCUCAAGCUUUACAAAAGUGGGAAAUUCUCGGACGUUAGUAUUAUUGCAGGUUGGAAAAUAUUUUCUACCCACAAAUUUAUUCUAAGCGCCCGUUCAUCGGUAUUUCGUAGAAUGUUAGAGGCCGAAAUGAUAGAAUCAAGAAACGGUGUCAUAGAGAUUUCUGAUAUAGAUCCUGAUGUAGUAGAUAAAAUGCUUUCUUUUUUAUAUACUGGAAAAUUGGAGCCACCGCUGAAAGAAACGAUUAUGCAAAAACUGUAUUCCGCUGCCGAUAAGUAUGAUAUUCCCGCUCUUCUCAAAAUUGGGUCGUCCUUUUUGAAAUCAAAUCUGACCGUAAAAGGUGUGUGUGAAGUGUUGCACUUAGCGCAUUUACAUUCCGAUAAGGAUUUGUACAAAACUGCAUUAGCGUAUUUUAAUGCUCAUUCUAAAGAGGUUUUUGCAACUGAUGAAUGGAAAAAUAUGUCCAAAGAGAACUUCUGGAUGAAAGUACUGGAAAAUUCUGUAGUCGAAUUUUGAAACCUUCCGGUCCAAUACAAGUCAAGGCUUGUCUUUUAAACUAUCGAGAUAUUUUCGAAAAUAUUUUAUAAUGUGGAUUUAGAAACUCUUAAAAUUUUCUGCUUUACUUACUUAAAAUCGAGUGUUAUGAUAUACAUGCACAUUCGUAUUUAACGAAAGAAAAUAAUUUGAAACGUCUUAAAACAUUACUUUGUAUCCAGGAAACCGCGAAAAACAGAGCCUUUUCAUUAACAGAUUGGGAAAUACAGUAUACUUCUUUCAGUGACACGUGAAAGCAUAGUAGUUGAAACGUUGCCGAGAAAACAAUGUCUGAGCUAAAGGCCUCGUAUAAAACAUCGUGAGAGGAAAAAAAAGAGAGAAAAUAUGGCAGGUCUUAAACAUCGUGAUUAUAACGCAUCAUGGUAAAAAAUAAAACGAUGCAGAAAUUUCGCAGUUUUAAAUUAUGGCUAAACAAAAUAACGAGAUAAAAAAUAAAAAUCAUCGCCUGAUGAUACAUCGCAGGUAUGUAGUUUCUGACUAUAAAACAUUUAAGUGAAUUUUUGCAUAGUAAUUUGUGAACAGAAGACGAAAUAAUGAAUAUUUUUAUAUUUCAUAUUUUUACAUUAGCUAAUACAUUUAUACUUAAAAAGCAAGAAGGAAACUUAAACGCAUUCAAAAUGUAUAAAACAGUUAAAAUUAAUGCUAUGUAUACUAGUUAAAAUUUUUUAAAAUUUACUUCUAUUCAAGGUGUGUGCUAACUAUUCAAGGUGUGUGUAUGUAUUUAAUUAUGGCAAAGCACACUAGGGCUAUCUGUCUAAGGGAAAGGGAUGCCUUCGUGGAGGGCUUUCUAAGGGAAACUGACUCGUAUACACGUUACACAUGGGGAAAACCACGAAAACACCCAUGCAGCCAGCCCGUUCGCGGGGAUUCGAGCCUCGGACCGAACUACCAAUGUUCAGCGACUGGGCCCCUGAUAACUAUUAAAAGCCGUUAUUUCAUUAACACUUUUUAUAAAUACGUGUUAUUUGUUUUCUGAUGAAAAUAUGAACUGCUAUACAUAACAUUCUAUUUUUUAAUUUCCAGAUUUUGAAAUGUUAAAGUUUCUUCCUUGUUUAUUCAGUAAACAUUUAUUAAAACAAAAAAGCAGAAAUAUUUUUUCUUCUUGUGCUUGCUCACAAGACUAAAUUUCAUUAAAAUUUUUUGUAACCAGGAAAUUUAUACCUGCAUGAUUUGUAGGCACUUUGGUUUUUUCCACGAUAUUUUGUACAAGGAUAUUUUGAAAAGUGCGAAGUUUUUGCACCGCUUUAUUUUCUACCACGAUGUUACAACAUCGUGGUACAUUUUAUACAACAAAAACUGCAAAGUUUUUUUCCAUUUCUUUUCAUCCACGAUGUUUUCUACAUUGGCGUUUUUCCCUUGCGUUGCUUUUCUCUGCAACGUUUUUGUCUUGAUGUUUCCGGAGGAUAUCCUUCUUUCUUCUCUGCUUUAAAGGUAUCCAAAAUUCUCAAUACUUCUUGCAUGUUACGAAGGAAUAAAUACUUUUCGAUUUUAGGUUGAGCAAAUGGAAACGGAAGAUGACGAGUUGCAGACUUUCUUUUCAGAAGAUCGAGCACCACUCCAAUUUGCAAACCUUGUGAAAAUCGACAUAAAUCUUUAUUUCCAGAUGAUGGAUUUGUUAGACAUAGAUUUAUUCUAUGGUGCGAAAGAAUUCUUAGUUUUAGCUCACUGGAAUUUUUCUUCUGUUCUUUACCCAAAACUGAUGUUUACAGUAAAAUAAUUAAUACUUUUGACCACCACAAAGAGAGUUUUACAAAAGCAACUUCAAGCAUUCCUUCCAGAUAUUGUUACCAGAGUACGGGCCGAAACUCUGAACAUUGUCAUGACGUCUGAACUGCUGUUACAGCUCCAUAUGCUGAGUUCCUCCAUAUCGACCAUGCCAGAAGAAAAAGAGUCAAUAUUAAGUUUAUACUCAUCGCACAGAAACAAACCUUGAAUUGAUGGAAAGAAAUAUACCGAUUUUGCUUCUCAUCUUUAAACAUCGUGGAAGUUUUCAGUGGUGGUUUCUUGCUGAAGAUUCUGAUUUCGAAAGCUGUGGCAGUAAUUGAGAAAAUUUUGGACAAAAUAUCUUUCCAUUUGGUACUUUUGGAAGUUUCUAGAACUUCUCAAUAAGAAUUUUUUCAAAACCAUGAAAGUGAUGUAUGAAACUUUCUGUAUAACAAGUAAUAACAUCCUAAUUUGAUAAUAUCCUAAUAUGAUAACUAAUUAACUAAUAGCUCCUUCCUACAAUAAUUUAUAUGAAGUUUGUAAGCAAACCUGAGUUUGUGCUGAUGAAAUAAAGCAUCUUUGUUGUGAGACCUGAA